AGCCACGUACCCACCGGAGACGUACUCGCCUGAGACCACCGCGCCUUCCACCUACCCUCCCGAGACGUACGCACCCGAGACGACGGCUCCUGCUACGUACACCCCGUCGCCGAGUUUGAUCUGCUAUCCAGCACCGUCUCCAACGGAUGCACCGUCCACUUAUUCUCCCUCGGAAGAACCUUCAAACUAUCCUACGGAAACUCCGAUGACUACUGAUGCCCCAACUUACGCUCCAACCUCAACGCCGACUGAAACCCCAGUGGUUACGUACGCACCGACCUACGCGCCAACGCCAACAGUGACAUACAAGCCCACCUCGACUCCCAAGGCGACUAACCCGGCCGGUCAGACGAACCAAUCACCGACCCAGGGCAAUAAGUCGAAGUGGUACCGUCGUCUUGGAGACUUCACGCUGUGGUGGUGAUCACGCCCACAACGGAAUUUCGUCCUGGGUGAGUGCCGAUUGGACCCGGGGAGUACUUGAAUCUGCAUCCGAUGCGUGUUGAUGUUCACUGGUGAUGGCGACGACUCCUACAGCUUACCGCACCAACAAGCUUUGCUUGAUUUCUUCAUUUACUUUAGGGUGAUGCAGUAAUACACGUCUUUCUUAUUUUGACGCAAUA